AUACUAAAGCCUCUAUUGCAUGAUAUGAUAGGCUUGUUCGAUCUACCCAUCAACAAACUAUCCAUCUUAUCCAUUUCGCAUCCAAUAAUUUUCCCCGUAAGAUGCUAUAUACCCGAGCCUACAAGAACUACCAGCCUCGGUACCUUUCUGAUCCUUGCUUCAGCCUGUGUAACGGUAUGCCACCUACUAUUGUACAUGCCCUGGACUGGCAUCGAUGUGAUUGGUAGUAUGGAUAGGGGACGUCAGAGAUGA